AUGAGCCGUCGCGCUUUUCUGCUCGUUGGUGCUUGGUUGUCCUCCGUGUGCUCUACGUCGGCCUCACACGAUGACGUAGCGGCAUCUGGAGGGAUCAUCGAAGCGGUGGAUGACCAUUCUGGUGCUGUUGAUCGACAGAGGUUCUUGCGGAACGAACACAGCGACCGGUCCCCAUCGGUUUCCGUGGCACAAGAAGAAGAAAUCGCUGACGUCACUCCGAAUACCACUGUCCUCGGUGGAAUUCCAAGAACCGAUGAUUAUUUGCCUACCAAUGCAUCAUCCUCAUCAUCCGCCACAGCUCGGCGUUUCAGGCCCCACCGAGGACCCACGGCGACCACAAUACAGGCGGGCUCUUCCUCGACCAGCUCAGCAGCGGUUCCCGGUUCAGGACUUGUCCAAGGGCGACGAGCAGUCAUCACGGCUUCGUCAUCUAUGAUACGUUCGUCAGAGCUGGAGUCCGAGUGGGUGGACAACUAUGAGGACCACCUGGUGGUAUCUUCGAAAGGGGACCAGCAGAAUGUCACAGUCGCCAGUAAGCCUAGCAGGGCUGCUACCGAUGUUCUUCGCGGUUCUGCUCUUCUGCAGUUCUUGAACGCCACCAACUGCACCGACAACGCCACAAACUGCACGAACGAAACUGCAGCCGCUCCGGCGAAGAAGACCACCGCAACGGAGGAGGAGACGCCCGGGCUCUUUCCGGAGUGGAUGUCCUUCGGCAGCGCACUCGAUCUCGCCAAGUUUGUCGCCACGAAUGGCAUGAUCAUUGGGCUGCUCUGUGCCGUGAUUUACUUCGUGCAGACGCAGCGAGACUCUAUUGUGUAUGAAGACGACGUCUACGACAGUCGCGCGGGUGCGACGCAGGAGGAGAUCGAAGAAAAAAGACUGGAGCGGAAGCUCCGGAAGCGAAAAGAAAAGGACGACGAAAAGAUUCAGGAGGAAGUGAUCGAAGAGGCGUUGCAGUGA